AUGGGAUAUAGGGACUACACACUUGGUGCAUGCUGCAACUCAUGCAAAUGCGAUCGAUCUUCAUAUAUGACAUGCAUUUAUCUAUCAAGAGUUUAAAAUGUAAGCUGGAUGAGACUUAAGACUAGGCCAAGAAAAAACCCAAUAAAGCCUUGUGUGGUUUUGGAUAGGGCACCGAAAUCCCUCGCAGUUAUGAUUUGUGUGCUAGCUUUUUUCAGCCUCAGCCUCAGCCUUCUUCCUAUCGCGCUCUCGCAAGCCAGCACAGUCGCCACAUGUUUGCCCUACCUGCUGCCGUUGGGCUCGUGUGUACCGUUCGCGCAGGGGAGAGUGCCCGUGCCCGCCCAGCAAUGCUGUAUCAACCUUAAGCAAAUCUACAACAGCCAGCAAGGGGCUCCUUGUCUCUGCCCUCUCCUCAAUGCUUCCACUUGGAACGUUUUCCCUAUCAAUUCCACUUUAGCACUUCAGCUCCCCAGUCUCUGCAGCCUUCAGAUCAACACCUCUCUUUGUUCAGAUCCUCAAGAAACUAUGAUGCCUCCUCCAUCUCUUCCUCCAAUUCCACCUCCCAUUCAAGUUUCAAUCGGGAUGAAAAACGACUCAACCUCUGCAGCCCCUCCAGUGGAUACAGUGCAAUCUAGUACACCACCAGGUGUAAUGGUGUUUGGGUUUCAGCAUCGAUCUGGUGCAAACUCAAACGUGAGGGAUUCUUGGAUAGCUGUCUUAAUGGCUGCUUGGACUUCCAUACUUUGGCUCUAUGUCUUGCAGUAAUAUAACUUCCUAUUAGGAUUAGUUUCCAGAUAUUGUUAUAAGAUCUUAUUUACUUGAGCAUAAAAGUGUCAUUUAAUCCUUCAGAUAUCCUUCAGUGCUAAUAUCUAUACAUAUCCCACUGCUUCCAUUUAGUGACCUGAAAUUUGGUGUCAACAAAGGCUACAUUUGGUAAGCCCUUUGUGGCCUUUUUAAGAUUUAUAAUGAGUAAUAUUAGCGAAUACUAAACUCAUGCAUAAAAACAAAGAAAAAAACAUAAUGACAGGUUACGUUGAAUGCCCUUCUCCAAAGCAACCUUCAAACGAAUAAUGCCAUUUAAGGCCCUGUUUGCUCGCAUUAA